CCCACGAACAGAUUGACACUGGGCUUGUCAUUGUCGGGGCCGUCUGGUGUCUCAUCCGUUCUCUGUCCCUCACCCCGGUCGACUCCGGCCCCACGGUUGCGCAGAAAGAAUGCGGGUGCUCGUCGGAUGUCACACGCCUUAAUAGGAAGUUCCAUUCUUCUUAUUAAGGGGACCCCGAAAAAGCCCUGUCUCGGCCGACAUGGUUUCUGCCCGUCCGCGUGCUCCAGACUGUCAGUCGGACCGGUUUUGGGUAUUGCAGCCGUGAGUUUAUCGAUCUGGAGAUUACCAAAACAGUUCCAACGCAGUUGCCACAUACGACUCUGGAUAACGCAGUUGCAAUACUGCCAAUACAAUCCAUAUCGAGUUCGAAAGGAGGCGGAGUUUACAUCCAACUCGAAGAGCCGAGGCCCUCGUGCUUCCAGGGGUAGAGAUGUUGGCAUCCCGCAUGAUGGAUGCGAGGGAUAUAUGAGUUCCAGAACCAGUCACACUUUUCGUGGCUUGCACCUAAUCUGCCACCCACCCCUCACUCUCUCCCUCCUCCUCCUCUCCUCCCAUCUCUAGGCCUUUUGACUGCUUGUCCAAUUCAAGUCAUCGACAUGAGGCUCUCUUAUCUGGCCGUAGCCACCGCCUUGGCUACCAUCACAACAGCUGCAGUAACCCCCAAACAGCAAUGUCACUGCCUGCCCGGAGACUCUUGUUGGCCCUCGGUCUCCGCCUGGAACCUGCUCAACGCAACCGUUGGGGGGCGUCUGGUCGCCACCAAGCCCAUUGGAUCGCCCUGCCAUGAUCCUACAUACGAUGCCGCGGCUUGUGCUGCUCUGCAGUCAUCCUGGACCAACCCCUUGACACACAUUCCCUCCUCGUCUUCUGUUAUGCAAUCUUACUUUGCCAACCAGUCCUGCGACCCUUUUACUGACAGAGCUGUUCCCUGCACCCUCGGCAACUAUGUUAGCUAUGCUGUCGAUGUCCGCUGCACCGCAGACGUCAGCCUUGCUCUCACGUUUGCCAAACUCAACAACCUCCGAGUCGUCGUCCGCAACACUGGUCAUGACUUCCUUGGACGUUCUACCGGUGCCGGUGCCCUUGCGAUCUGGACCAACCACUUGAAGACCAUUGACUUCUCAACAUGGUCUGACAAGUACUACACCGGCCCGGCCGUCAAUGUCGGUGCCGGUGUCCUCGGCUACGAGAUCCUCGAGGCUGCCCAUGCAAAGGGUCUUGCUGUCGUUUCUGGUGAAUGCGCCACAGUCGGCCUUGCUGGCGGUUUCACUCAAGGAGGUGGUCACUCUGCCCUGUCAACUCAGUUCGGUCUCGGAGCCGAUCAGACCCUUGCCUUCCAAGUAAUCACCGCUGACGGCAAGACUGUCGUCGCCUCUGCGACACAGAACACCGACCUGUACUGGGCCCUCAGCGGUGGCGGCGGCGGCACUUUCGGCGUUGUCACCGGCCUGACCGUCCGUGCCUACCCGGCCCAAACCGUCGGCGGUGCUGCCUUCCAGCUUCUCGCCGCGACGACCACGCCCGAGAAGUUCAACGCCGCUGUCUCCAAGUUCCACGAGCUGCUGCCCGCCAUGACAGACCAGGGCGCUUUCGCUGUCUUCCUCCACAACGCCCAGUUCCUCGUCCUUCGUCCCUUGACUGUCUGGAAUUCGACUGCUGCCUACGUUCGCGACGUCGUCCUUGCGCCCUUCACCAAGGCCCUUCAGGAGGAACUUGGCAUCACCCUGGCCGUCGCCUACAGCGAGCUGUCCUACCGCGACCACUACGACCGCUACAUGGGACCUCUUCCCCAAGGCAACCUUGAGGUGACGCGCUACCAGUUCGGUGGUCGUCUUAUCCCCCGCGAAGCGAUCGAGAACAACAACGCAGAAUACCAAAAGGUCGUCCAGAACCUGACCGCCAACGGCGUUCUCCUCGCCGGUAGUGUCGGACACUACAACAAGCCCGCCGGUGCGCCCGAGAACUCGGUCCACCCGGCGUGGCGCAAGGCCGUCAUGCAGCUCCAGCUCAUUACCAACUGGGACAAUGCCGCGCCGUGGGCCGAUAUGGAGGCUUCGCAGAAGCGCAUGACGGAGGAGUUCAUGCCGUGGAUCACGGCUGUUACUCCGGGUAGCGCUUCGUACAUGAACGAGGCUGACUUCAGGCAGCCGGAUUGGCAGAAUGCCUUCUUUGGCACUAACUACGCCAAGUUGCUCGCGAUUAAGAAGAAGUAUGAUCCAGAGUCGCUCUUCUACGUUCUUAAGGGCGUCGGUAGCGAGGCGUGGACUGUUGCAGCCAACGGACAGAUGUGCCGGGCUUGAGUAGUAUCUCUAUAGUUGACAUAAUUACAUUAAUACCCAC